GGCUGGUCCGGGGUAUGAAAGGCUAUCGGGUKCUAACAGGUGUCGAUGCCAGCUAUGAUGAAGCUAAAGAAAUCUGUCAAAUAUUGUUUAGCUAUCAUUUUGGACAUUCCUAUAGUCAACUGUCCCUGGUAUCCAUUAAUAGUACUGAGGAACAGCGCCUGGUCUACAGUUUGGUGUUGGCAUCCAAACACUCCCAUGAUCAGUUUUGGAUUGGGGCCCGGGAUGAUGAAAUACAUGGGCUCAGAUGGGUGGACGGCCAGGAUGUUAAAUGGACAAAUUUUGUACAAUACAGGAAACAGUCACCCGGGCAACGGUGUGUAGCCCUGGAUGCUACGAAAAAGGGUAGGAUUGAGAACCCGGGUAAAUGGGUUUUCGAUCAUUGCGGUUCAAGGAAGGGCCUAAUUUGUCAACGGGCCUAGGUAGUCUACG